AUUCGCUGCCACUUAAUCAGCUGCCAGCACUUCACGUUGAGGUGAAGGAGCAGAGAAGUUUUGUCUAUGACCGAACGUAGUUUAACUCCGCGUCUGAACGUUGUACCCAUUUGCAACUGUUCAGAGCUAUUCUUCCUGUGUGGGAGAUGGGGAAACUUGCCAUCUUAGUGGAGUACAGCUUGACAGUUUGGUCAGUUAUUGGAGGGGGGAGUGGUAAGCUGGUGGAGGUAAGUUUCCCGUUUCCCAGUUGGCUCCAGCUGCAGCCCGCCCCGCUGCCCGCCGGCUGCGGUGGGAUGCCCGCGCUGCAGUGGGACCAGUGACAGAAGCUGUUCUUUAGAAUUUUCAGGAUGGCUGUUUUCUGCGUCAGGAUGAGGCAGUCCUGCUGGGCAGAGCCAACGCCAAGAGCGAAGGUAAGGUAAUGUUUAUUCAAUGAGAAUGCUUAGACAGCUGGGCAGCUCGUAGCAUCUGCUGCAGUAAUAGUCGCAGGAAUUCCUUGUUUCCAUUCGAUCGUUUUACGUUUGUACUGCAGCUUUCUUGUUUUGUAAAUAACUUUGUGCUGGAUUCUUUUCAUUAAAUUAGCUUGAAUUCAAGUAGUAUGUGCUUAUAUGUAAAUGUGAAUUCCGUGUGACUUCUUCCCUUUUCAAAAUUCUUUAAUCUGCUCUUUCCUCUUUCUUUCUUCUGGAAAAAAAAAAAAAAAAAAAAAAAAAGGGGUUUAAUGUCUGGUCUCUAUUUCAUCAUGGGAGAUGCUGAUUCUAUAAAACAGUGCUGAAAAAAAAUGCACUAAAAAGUUUUGGGAGGAAUGAGACCCCAGGAAACAUCUGCUAUCUUUAUACAUCCUCUCUUGGAGACCUUCAGCAAUGCUGUGGUGUGCGAGAAAAGGCUUGCAGUCUGCGACCAUGCUGAGUUACAGCUCGUGAGGAAAAGGGGGAUUUUCACCCCAGUGCUCAGUGACUCGGUUGCAUAUGUUGGAUUGAAUACUGGAAAAAAAGAAGUCAGUAAUCUUCUUAGUAACUGCAAACCAACUGUAUGCAGUUGUCGUCCAAACAGUGGAUGUAAAACUAAAUCCGAGUAAGGAGAAAGUUGGAGUGCAAUAGGUCUGUGAAUGUGAGCUCCUCACAUUUGUGCAGGGAUCGAUAUGUAAAUUUUCUCAGUUGCCAUUCUAGAAACCAAUGGACAUCUGGCUUUAAUUCACACCUGUGAAAACGAAAGAGCAAAAUUAUUUCCAGCAUGUUUCCUUGGUUCUGACACGCAGAAUUAUUUUCCUCAGAACAGAUGAGUUUGAUCUCCAUUUUUUUCCUGUUAUUUGGUGCUGGGCUAUAGCUUUCAAUACCUUUGCUGAAAUAGUGGGGUUUUGUUUUUUCCAUCUCUCUUCAAACUAUAAAACUAUGCAGAACUCUUAUUUACAAAACGUGAUUUAGUCAAGAGGACUUCAAAGGACUGUGAUGAAAAAGGCUUCUCACAUAUUUUCUUUGGUCUAAAAUUUUUUUGGGUUGCUUUCCAUUGUGGGCAAAGGUAAUUCUGCUCUGUAGUAGCAUAUCAAAAGCACCACUAUCUUAAAGCAUCUUGUUGAAAAGCUGUCUAGGAGAGCUCAUUUUGUUACCCACGAAGCCUUACAGUAGCAUACAUUUUAAAGCAGAUUUCAGAAUUUGUGCAGCCUCGGAAGCCUCUCCUGUUGGCACCUGCAAAUUUGACUUCCUUUGGACUUCAUGAAAACACGCUGUGCUGUUCUUGUAUUUUAUAAUUGUGUAUAGUUCCAAUUAUAGUUUAUGUUAGAGGCUAAAACUGUUAAACAUUAACCCUUCAUAAUUAUCUUGUAUGUGCAGAUUGUAUAUUUAUACAAUUCUCUACCUGUUGUACCGUGUUUGUGAGAUGUUACCGUUUAAGAUGAUGCUUUAUUUCAAAUAAAAACCUCUUGUUUCUCAGUCAAUAGUAUUUAAUAUUGCUGAUGACUGUGAGUUGUAUGAUGUUACAUUGUGCCGUUGGACCACAGAGAGCUCGAGGUGGGAAUUGGUGGUUCUGGGGGCUGCGUUCUUUCUGCAGGUCAUGUUUGCAAUGUGAUUCCUGAGGUAAAGUGUUCAUGUUUUGGGGGGGAAAGGGUACGGGGGAGGGAUUGAGUGGUUAAUUUGUUUUCUUUUCCUUUUUUAUUUUCCCUGCCCCAAUGAUUUGUGGCGUUGCGUACCUUGUGCUUUCUGCUUGUUUUUUUCUUUACGAUUAAACUGCUGAUGUUUAUUUCCAGGAAUGUUUUGCAAAUGUCCUUCUCACUCUUCCCCUCCACAACUGUAGGCGUUCGUUGUGAAACAUCUUUUGGAGUACACCCAACAGAGUGAGUCCAACCUGCAGUACAGCUUGUUUUUAGUUUUUGGCAUCUUUAUGACGGAAGUAGUGCGGUCUUGGUCCCUCGCGCUAACGUGGGCCUUGAACUACCGCACGGGGGUGAGACUGCGAGGGGCUGUCCUGACGAUGGCGUUUAAGAAGAUCCUCAAGCUGAAGAACAUCAAGGAGAAGUCUCUUGGCGAGCUCAUUAAUGUGUGCUCCAAUGACGGCCAAAGGAUGUUUGAAGCUGCAGCAGUUGGCAGUUUGUUGGCUGGGGGCCCUAUCGUGGCCAUUCUAGGAAUGGUUUACAAUGUAAUUAUUCUGGGCCCGACGGGCUUCUUGGGCUCUGCCGUCUUCAUCCUUUUCUACCCAGCAAUGAUGUUUGUAUCACGCCUCACUGCUUAUUUCAGAAGAAAAUGUGUAUCAACAACAGAUGAACGUGUACAGAAGAUGAACGAAGUUCUUAAUUACAUAAAGUUCAUUAAAAUGUAUGCCUGGGUCAAACCGUUUUCUCAGAAUGUUCAAAAAAUUCGUGAGGAAGAGCGUAAAAUCUUGGAGCGUGCGGGCUACUUCCAGAGCAUCACUGUGGGAGUGGCUCCCAUAGUUGUAGUCAUUGCCAGCGUGGUGACCUUUUCUGUCCAUAUGAUACUUGGCUAUGAUCUUACAGCAGCUCAGGCAUUCACAGUGGUCACUGUCUUUAAUUCGAUGACUUUUGCUCUAAAAGUAACACCUUUCUCAGUGAAGUCUCUAUCUGAGGCAUCUGUUUCUGUUGACAGAUUUAAGAGUUUAUUUCUAAUGGAAGAGGUUCAUAUGAUAAAGAAAAAACCAGCCAAUCCUCACACCGCGAUAGAGGUGAAAAAUGCUACCUUGGCUUGGGACUUCUCCCACGCCAGCGUCCAGAGCUCACCAAAGUUGACUCCCAAAGUGAAAAAAGACAAGAAAGUAACCAAGGGCAAGAAAGAGAAAAUGAAGCUGCAGAAUGAGGGACAGCAAGCUGUGCUGGCAGAACAGAAGGGCCAUCUUCUAGUGGACAGUGAUGACCAUCCUAGCCCCGAGGAGGAGAACAGAAUCAUCCACCUGGUUAACCUUCGGCUUCAGAGGACUCUGUACAACAUUGACUUGGAGAUAGAAAAGGGAAGACUUGUUGGAAUCUGUGGCAGUGUGGGGAGUGGAAAAACUUCACUUAUUUCAGCAAUUUUAGGGCAGAUGACCCUUUUGGAGGGUAGCAUUGCAGUAAGUGGAACAUUUGCAUAUGUGGCCCAGCAGGCCUGGAUUCUCAAUGCCACGCUUCGGGACAACAUCCUGUUUGGCAAAGACUACGAUGAAGAAAGAUAUAAUACUGUGUUGAAUGGUUGCUGUCUAAGACCUGACCUAGCCAUCCUUCCAAAUGGGGACCUGACAGAGAUCGGGGAGCGAGGGGCGAAUCUGAGCGGAGGACAGCGUCAGAGAAUCAGUCUGGCCCGAGCCCUGUACAGUGACAGGGACAUCUACAUCCUUGAUGAUCCCCUUAGUGCCUUAGAUGCUCAUGUUGGAAAUCACAUUUUUAACAGUGCAAUAAGGAAGCACUUGAAGUCAAAGACUGUCCUUUUCAUCACUCAUCAGCUUCAGUAUCUUGUUGACUGUGAUGAAGUGAUCUUCAUGAAAGAAGGUUGCAUCACUGAACGAGGAAGUCACGAGGAAUUAAUGAAUUUAAGUGGGGACUAUGCAACCAUUUUUAAUAACCUACAACUGGGAGAAACACCACAUAUUGAGAUUAACAUAAAGAAGAACACAAACAGUUCACUGAAAAGACCCCAGGAUAAAGGCACCAAAGCGGGCUCUGUGAAGAAGGAGAAGGUUGUGAAGAAGGAAGAGGGCCAACUGGUUCAGUUGGAAGAGAAAGGCAAAGGCUCUGUCCCCUGGUCUGUUUAUGGCAUCUACAUUCAGGCAGCCGGAGGCCCCUUUGCAUUCCUUGUGAUAAUGGCACUGUUUGUGCUGAAUGUGGGCAGCACGGCUUUCAGCAACUGGUGGCUGAGUUUCUGGAUCAAGCAAGGCAGCGGAAACACCACUGUGACUUUGGGAAAUGACACGGUCAUAAGUAACAGCAUGAAAGAUAACCCCCACAUGCACUACUAUGCUGGCAUCUAUGCGCUGUCUAUGGCAGUGAUGUUGAUUCUGAAAGCUGUUCGUGGUGUUGUUUUUGUGAAGGGAACUCUCAGAGCAUCCUCGAGGCUCCACGAUGAGCUCUUCAGGCGGAUUCUGCGUAGCCCCAUGAAGUUCUUCGACACUACGCCUACUGGACGGAUUCUCAACAGGUUUUCCAAAGACAUGGAUGAAGUGGAUGUUCGUUUGCCAUUUCAAGCAGAAAUGUUCAUCCAGAACGUUAUCCUUGUGUUCUUCUGUGUGGGGGUGAUUUCUGGGGUGUUCCCUUGGUUCCUGGUGGCAGUGGGUCCCCUCAUCGUCCUGUUCAUGGUUCUGCAUGCUGUGUCUAGAGUCUUUAUUCGAGAGCUCAAGCGUCUGGAUAACAUCACGCAGUCUCCGUUCCUGUCUCACAUUACAUCCAGCAUACAGGGGCUCUCCACGAUCCAUGCAUACCACAAAGGACAGGAAUUCCUGCACAGGUAUCAGGAGCUCCUUGAUGACAAUCAGGCACCAUUUUACCUGUUCAGCUGUGCAAUGCGCUGGCUGGCUGUACGGCUGGACAUUAUCAGCAUUGCUCUUAUCACAACCACUGGCCUUAUGAUUGUUCUGAUGCAUGGCCAGAUUCCUCCAGCCUAUGCUGGACUGGCUAUCUCGUAUGCUGUGCAAUUAACAGGGUUAUUCCAGUUUACAGUCAGACUUGCUUCAGAAACAGAAGCUCGCUUCACGUCAGUGGAGAGGAUCGAUCACUACAUCAAGACUCUUUCCCUGGAAGCUCCUGCUCGAAUUAAGAACAAAGCUCCCCCUCUGGACUGGCCGCAGGAAGGUGAAGUUGUUUUUGAAAACGCCGAGAUGCGGUACCGAGAAAAUCUCCCUCUGGUGCUUAAAAAAGUGUCCUUUACCAUCAAACCCAAGGAAAAGAUUGGCAUUGUGGGAAGGACCGGCUCGGGGAAGUCUUCCCUUGGAAUGGCACUCUUUCGUUUGGUUGAACUGUCUGGAGGCUGCAUUAAAAUUGAUGGAGUGAAAAUAAACGACAUUGGUUUGGCAGAUCUUCGCAGCAAACUCUCAAUAAUCCCUCAGGAACCGGUGCUGUUCAGUGGCACUGUAAGAUCAAACUUGGAUCCUUUCAAUCAAUACAGUGAGGAGCAAAUCUGGGUUGCUUUGGAGAGGACUCACAUGAAGGAGUGUGUUGCCCAGCUGCCUAUGAAACUUGACUCAGAAGUAAUGGAAAAUGGGGAAAACUUUUCAGUUGGAGAGAGGCAGUUACUGUGCAUAGCUCGAGCUCUGCUGCGUCGCUGCAAGAUUUUGAUACUGGAUGAAGCAACAGCUGCUAUGGACACAGAGACUGACUUGCUGAUUCAGGAGACCAUCAGAGAGGCAUUUGCAGACUGCACGAUGUUAACAAUUGCUCAUCGCCUGCAUACUGUACUGGGUUCCGAUCGGAUCAUGGUGCUAACACAAGGACAGGUGGUGGAAUUCGACACGCCAUCUGCCCUCCUGGCCAAUGAGAACUCGCGCUUCUAUGCUAUGUUUGCUGCUGCAGAGAACAAGGUCGCUGUCAAGGGCUAAAAUUCAGGGCAAAGUCACUUUAAUUUGGGAGAGCUGCACUCCCUGCCUGUGGCAGGCCAGCUCUCCCUCCUCCUCCAAGCAGAUUAUUGCCUUUUCAUCUUUUAUUUUUUAGCACAGUAUGUCAAGCCAGAGAGUUUUUAAACCCGUGUCAGAAGAAUUCUUCAUGUUUUUAUUAUUGUAUUUAUUCCAUAAUCAUAUUACUAAUUUUUUGGUUAUUAAAUGCACUCUACGAAUGGCUCAGGGAGCCAUAGUUAUAAAUGUAUCAGAGGCCUAUAAUGAAGCUUUAUACAUGUAGCUAUAUCUAUACAUAAUUCUGUAUAUAGCCUAUAUUUACAGUGGAAAUGUAAGCUGUUUAUUUUAUAUUAAAAUAAGCACUGUAUUAAUAACAGUGCAUAUUCUUUUCUAUCAUUUUUGUACAGUUUAUGGUACCCGAGAUCUGGCUUUGUUAUCAGGCUGUAUCAGACACCAUUUUGUCUCCUACAGCGUCUUUUCCUAGUGCCAGAUUUUCUGCGUGUCUGAGUGGAAGUGAAGCUUUGCAAUAGUGUCCUUUAUUGUCACAUUGUUGUCUAGCACAGGGGAGAAGAGCACUGUGGUGUAACUCUAUAGCAUUGUAAUUUAUCAGAGCUGUUUGGAGCAUCGCUCAUGUUCACACGGCAGCGGCUGCUGCUUGCCAUAACGCUUUCCCAAAGCAGGGUUUUUAGUGAUCUCCUGACUGGAGAACCACUUCUGGGUCACGUUAAGGCCUCAUUUUCUCAGUGUCUCGAUGCAGUAUUUCUGACUGUGUCAGCAGGGUUUAUGCUCUUUCUGCUUCGCUGAUCUAACACAACCAGAAUGUAACUGUUUAUGGAAUGAUGUGUAACAAAUUAAUCGUAAGGUUCAAACCAUCACCCUGUAUGCUGGCAGGAAAGCCUUUUCCAAGUUGCUCCGACUGACUGACUCCUUUAUCUUGAAGCUGCUAACACCCCUCAGAGGUUUAGGUUGGCUUUCACUGGCAUGAGUAACACUAACUCUUUGUUCCGCUCACGUAUACUAAGGUCAAACAACAUCAAUGUUUCCUGUUUCUUUAUUGCACACUUGUUAAGGAAACAGUCCCCCACUCCACGUCUCCGGGAACUUCCGACGGGUUCCUGCUGAUCAGGAUGUAACACUGGUGUAGGAUGUUGUUUUCUUACUGUGAAGAGACCUACCUCAGGUUACUAGGUCCUGUGUAGUGCGUUGCCAUGAUCACUGUACGCCAUCCCUGUCCGACGGACCUGCGGCCCGCGGGGCACGGUGGCUCCUAUAAUAGCCGUGACUUAUGGAAUGGUCAGCGUUGCAUGUCUCUGUCAACUUGGGCAUUUUGUAGCCUUAGCAUGUUUGCAGAAUGUCUCGCCGAGGCAAAAAUCUGAAAAGUAAAUAAAACUAUUUUGGGUUUUGUAAA